AUGGCGCAUGCUCAGGACCCACCUCAUGAACACAGCGCUCCACCUUCUUACUCCGUCACAGCAGAGAAUGGAAGCAGUGCUGUGGUGAAGGUGGAGGAGAACGGAAUGUGCGGAAACGCUCCAGUGAAAAACGAACUUAAACGGUGUCUUUUGGAGAAGUUUGAGGACGUAUAUGAAGGUAUUCCAAAGGCAGGGAGAAACAUCUCUGUCAACAAGAUUUACACAAAGCUCCUCAUCACAGGUGAAAGUGACAGCGCUAAUGAACACGAGGUGGGACAGAUUGAGAGUGCAUCCAGGGCACAGACCACACGAAACACUGGCAUCGACUGCAAUGACAUCUUUGAACCCCGGCCAGAAGAAAGCAAACGCAUUAAAACUGUCCUCACAAAGGGGAUUGCUGGCAUCGGCAAAACAGUGUCUGUGCAGAAGUUCAUUGUUGACUGGGCAAAAGGAAAAGCCAAUGAACAUGUUGAUUUCCUAUUUGUUCUUCCUUUUCGGGAGUUGAAUCUGAUAAAGGAUGAACUCAGUCUAAUUGGUCUACUUCAGAAGCUUCACUCUGGAGUGGAAGGGAUUGAACAUGUUAAGUACAAUGACUCUGAAGUCAUUUUGAUCUUUGAUGGUUUGGAUGAAAGCAAACUUGAACUAAAUUUUAAAGAAAAUAAGAUAUUAUCUGAUGUUACAGAAUUAGCAUCUCUGGACAUCCUGUUGACAAACAUCAUUAAGAGGAGUCUACUUCCCCAUGCUUUCCGCUGGAUCACCUCUCGUCCAGCAGCAGCCGGUCUGAUCCCUUCUGAUUGUGUCCAUCGGGUGACAGAGAUACAAGGGUUUCAAGAUGAGGAGAAGGAGGAGUACUUCAAGAAGAGACUAUGUGAUCAGAAACUGGCUGAUGCAGUCCUUUCUCAUCUGAAGUCAUCAAGGAGUCUCUACAUCAUGUGCUACAUACCAGUCUUCUGUUGGAUUUCAGCCACUGUCCUUAAGGACAUUUUGAGGAGAGUAGAAAAUGUGAAAAUCCCUACAACUCUGACUCAGAUGUACACAGAGUUUGUGCUCCUACAGACAAGCAUAAAGAAUCAGAAGUAUAGGGGUGAUGAGUCUGACUGUCUGUUGUCUGAGCCAGACAGAGAUAUCAUUCUGAAACUUGGACAGUUGGCUUAUCAACACCUGGAAAAGAACAGUCUAACAUUCAUUGAAAAAGAUGUGAAAGACUGUGGUAUCGAUGUCAAAGAUGCUGCUUUGUACUCUGGAGUUUGCACAGAAAUCUUGAAAGUGGAGUCAGUGAGAGACAGGAAGGUUUACUGUUUCAUUCACCUGAGCAUUCAAGAGUUUUUUGCGGCUUUAUAUGUGCAUCAUUUAUUGGAAAAAAAUGACAUAGGAUUACUGACAUCUUUUUUCAAAAUAAAAUCAGAAGCUUUAACCGGCCAAGUAUCUUUGGUCGACUUGCUCAAAGGUGCAGUGGAGAAGGCUGUGAACAGUGAGAAAGGACACCUUGACCUCUUUCUUCGCUUCUUAUUUGGUCUCUCACAGGAUUCCAAUCGGUGUCUCAUUGAAAACAUUCUGCCACAGACAAACAACUCGGAAAGCAACAAGAAAAUAACUCAGUACAUCAAGUCCUUGAAGAGAAGGAACAUUUCCCCUGAGAGAUACUUAAACCUCAUACAUUGUUUGGUUGAGCUUGGAGUUAAUGGCCCCUCCUUUGUGAGUGAAAUACAGAUGCAGGCAGGUUCAGGUUCCACUAAGCCACUCUCACCCUAUCAGUGUUCUGAAUUGGCAUAUGUGCUUCGGAUGUCGGAAGAGGACCUGGAUGAGUUUGAUCUGAGGAAAUACAACAUACCAGAAAAUGGUCUGAUGAGACUGCUUCCUGUUAUGAAGAACUCCAGAAAGACACUGACUCUCCGCCACAUUAACCUGGGACGUUUUGGAGUGGACCUGCUGUGUAAAAUGCUGUGCAGUGAUCACUGUAAGCUGCAGACGCUGGACCUCAGCAACAACGACCUGGGAGACUCUGCAGUGAAACUGCUCUGUCCAGCUUUGAGUUGUCAAGACUGUAAACUACAGACAUUGAGGCUGUCAGGGUGUCAAGUCACACAGGCAGGCUGUGCUGCUCUGGUUUCAGCUGUGUGUUCAAAGCCCUCCCACCUGAGAGAGCUGGAUCUGAGCUACAAUCACCCAGAGGAUGCAGGAGUAGAAAGACUGUUCACUGAAAUGCAGAGCAGAGGAUGCAAACUGAAGUAA